GAGAUGCCGCCGGGUUAACCGGGAGGAGAAGCAGCGGAGAAGGGCCGGAGGCAGCAGCGGUCGCCGUCGCCAGGAGGUCGCCCAGGGUAGAGGCCGCCCAGGGUAGAGGCGACAGGUUGGAUCCAGCGCGCUGUGCGCCGGACAUCGGAGGUACGCCGGCAGCGUCCAACAGGAAGGAAGUGAUGAUCGAACGUGCGAGAGGAUGACAGCAGGAUCUUGAGUUUCACCAAAAUACCUCCCCUCCUCCCCGCCCUCUUGGAGCGCUUUCUUCAUGAAGGAGCCGCUGGAGUACGACGCAGGGGUGUCCAAACUACAGCCCAUGGGCCAAUUGCGGCCCACUAGAGUCUACGAUGCGGCCCGCGAGACAUCACACACGCUUCUGCCUGAAUUUAAUUGCCUAGGAGAUGAUAUGAGGCCCAUCCAACCCUGACCAUGUACGAGGUGAUGUCCGGAGACACCCUGUCCUGGAAAGUGCCCAGUACGAGACCGAGCGGCACCAAUUCCAGUCAAGAGGCACAGUUCACUUGGGAGGGAGGGCCUAUUAAGAUCCUCAAAGUGUGCUUCUGCACCAACAAUAACCUGGGCAAGAACUUCAAGCUGGUCAAAUGUGACAGCUCCUGGCAAAUCCGGUCAAUUAUCCAUUCAAUAUUAAUCAGCGGGCGACUCGGGCCAAAUAUUGAACACGAAGGAUGCUUCGGCCUCAUGCUCAAACAUCUCAAGUCAGAGGAACUUCACUGGCUUCAUCCCAACCUGUCCGUCGGCGAGGUGGAGCAGCGUUACGAGAGCCAUCACGUGGAAGCCGAGUGGAGGUAUGACCUUCGUAUCAGAUACAUUCCUGUGAACUUCCUGGAAAAGUUCAAAGACGACCGAUCUACGCUAGUGUAUUUCUAUCAGCAGGUGCGGAGCGACUACAUGCAGUAUCAUGCCAGUACGGUCAGCAGUGGGAUGGCGCUUCAACUAGGUUGCUUGGAGAUCAGGAGAUUCUACAAAGACAUGAAUGCAAAGGGUCUGGAGAAGAAGUCAAACUUUGAGCUGCUUGAAAAAGAAGUUGGCUUGGACCUUUUCUUUCCUCAGGAGUUGAUUAACAGCAUGAAGUCAAAGCAACUACGCAAGCAGAUUCAGCAAACGUUCCAGCAGUUUGCGACACUCAAGGAGGACGACUGCAUGGUAAAGUUCUUCGAAACACUCAAAGAGUUUGUCAGUUACGAUGAGGAAGUCAUCCCGUGCGAACUAGUUCAAGGCUGGAGUAUUGCUGUCGAGCUGGUAAUUGGCGGGAGGGGAAUACGCCAACGCACACAGAAGAAUUCAGCGCCUGUCUUUUUGGCUGACUUCAAGCAGAUAAAGAAAAUACAGUGUUUAUCUCAGGGCGACGGAAAGGCUCUCAUAAACCUUGAAGUAGAGGGCAGACAACGUCUGUCCAUCAAUGUGGCCACCGUCCCCAUGGCUGAGAACAUGAUGGACCUUAUUGACGGGUAUUGGCGUAUGGAAAACCACUCGGAUGAUUCUAUCAUUUACAGACAAAAUCACGAUUCCAGCACACACAGUUCCCUCCCUGAGAUUCCGACAGGCAGAGACACUAACACAAUACGACACAGUACGGGGUCUGAUAUCUAUUGUGAGAUUCCUGAAAGGCCAAGAUCAGCUGUAAAGUAUGGAAUAGACCGCAGUGACAUCACACUUGGACAAAUUCUCGGCGAGGGUUUUUUUGGUGAGGUCUACGAUGGAGUGUACACAGCAGCGAAUGGAACCAAGACCAAUGUCGCGGUCAAGACAUGCAAAGACUGCUCACCUGACGUCAUGGAGAAGUUCAUGAGUGAAGCAGUCAUCAUGAAGAAUCUCGACCAUCCUCACAUCGUCAAACUCAUUGGAAUCAUCGAGGACAAUCCCGUGUGGAUCGUCAUGGAGCUUUAUCAAUACGGAGAGCUUGGGAACUACCUGACUCAGAACCAGAACAAGUUGACAAACAUGACUCUGGUGCUGUUCAGCCUGCAGAUCUGCAAAGCUCUCGUCUACCUCGAAGGCGUCAACAUGGUGCACAGAGACAUUGCAGUUCGCAACGUGUUGGUCGCCAGUCCCGAAUGUGUAAAGCUUGGAGACUUUGGGCUAUCGCGAUACAUUGAGGAUGAAGAGUACUACAAAGCCUCUGUGACGCGAUUGCCUAUCAAGUGGAUGGCUCCAGAAUCCAUCAACUUUAGACGUUUCACCUCUGCCAGUGACGUUUGGAUGUUUGCUGUGUGCAUGUGGGAGAUCAUAAGCCAAGGCCAGCAACCGUUUUUCUGGCUGGAGAACCGAGAUGUCAUCAACCAGUUGGAGCAAGGCAUCAGGCUUCCCAAACCCGACAACUGCCCCCCAGCGCUCUACUCCCUCAUGACCCGCUGCUGGUCCUACGACGCGAAAGAGAGACCCAACUUUACCGAGCUGGUGGUCAAGAUCAGUGACGUCCACGAGAUGGAAAAGGAGCAGGAAGUGGAGCGAGAGAGGGAGAAAAGGCGCUCCAAGAUCAACUUUAGCGAGCCACCUCCCAAGCCUUCAAGGAAAAAAUCUGGCCGCAUUGGAAACACUCUCAGCAUCUGCCUACACAUUCAGCAGAACGGGGCCUGGUGCGGCAGCUCUCCUGACCUGGCCAGUCUCAGGGAAUAUCAGUCCCCUGUGGACUCCAUGAACUCCACCCUACCGCUGCCUCUCAGGUCCCCUCGUCGUCGCAGCAUGGGGGAGAGCGAGUUUCCUAUGUUGGAGCCCAACAGCCGCGAAAACGCUCAGCGCCUGUGGCGCAGUAAGCAACAGCAAAUGCACGCCACCCUCCGCAAUCAGAAAAAGGAAAUGGUGGAGGAUGAAAAGUGGCUGGAGAAAAAGGAGAGACUCCUGGACCCCUUGGGACCAGAAGACCUCUCUCCUGCAGUGUCCAAAGCAGAGGAAGCUGAAAAUGGUCCGCCACACAAGCCUCCGAGACUCGCAGCACAGCCGGCGCCCACAGCCGAGCUGGACCGCUCUGACGACAAAGUAUACCACUACGUUAUGGACCUGGUCAAAGUGGUGGUUCAGCUCAAGAACGACAUCAUGAACAUGCAGGCCGACGAGUACAUCACCGUUGUCAAGAGUGUGGGGAUGGCCUUAAGGGAUCUGAUUGGCAGUGUGGAUGACAUACUGCCCUCUCUGCAUGAGUCUGUGCGGACCGAGAUCGAGGGUACCCAGAAGCUGCUGAACAACGACAUGAGCGAGCUGAUCAGAAAGAUGCAUCUGGCGCAGCAGAACGCCAUCACGUCCCUGAAGGACGAGUGCAAGAAGCAGAUGCUGACUGCGGCGCAUAACCUGGCCAUGGAUAGCAAGAACAUGCUGGACGCCGUGGACCAGGCCAGGGUCAGGGCGGACCUGGCCAAGCCUGUUGCUCAGACAUGAAGUCAUCCAACGUCAAUCAUUCUUGUUCCUGUUUUGGUUACGACAGCUGUACAUUCUGUAUGUUGAUGCUGUACAUCUUUAGGGGAAAAUUUAGGCAUUAUUAUUAUGCCUUUUGAUGAUAUUGAGAAUGUUUCUGCUUGUAAUUCAAAUGCAAUAAACAUAAAGGUGUGUCUAAGUCAAAUGAGUGG